GUUGUCCAUCUGCAGUCAGGGCGAUUGGUCCAGAACUUCCCGUCGGCGAGAAGAAAGAGAAGACUGCGGGCAGCAAGCGGUCGGCAUCUGCCGCUUUGUUCGUGCCACCAAAGAAACAGACACGAGGCAAUGAUACGCGAAUUGAGCCUCAGGGUCUUACGGGCUCAUGGUCGGUGACGGUACAGCGUCCUUUUACGACUUUUCAGUACACCUUCGCCCAGUCUGAAGACAACAUGGUCUCUGGUACCGGUUCCUUACUGGGAGAUGCUCCACGAGCGAGCAAGGUCACGGGCCAUGUACAGGGCUAUGUAUUCACAUGGAACGAGGUGAGAAAUUCCAGCGCAUCGCGGCAAUGCUUCAAGCGCGAAUGUUCUGCCUCCCAGCCAUCCUUGGCUUCGAGCCCCAUCCGAAGCGAGGACGUAGCAACGCGCUUCGACAUCUUUUCCGAUCUCUUCGGGAAGCUCAAUGCGCUUGGUGUCCGAGCUUUCUUGGGUGCCCCUGUCCCUAGCCGCUACCACAGCCAAAGGCUCAAUCAGCAGCACUCCACGACCGCAUCACAUGCAAUGGGCAGCGCUGCAACGAUCGUUCAGGCGCCGCUUAAGGAAGCCUCCGCAGAAGAGGUGAAAGCACAUAUUAUCGACGAGCUGACAGAAGAUGCUCUGAAGAAGCUGACGUCCGCUAUCUCGCUUGCUUCACAAUCGAAACGGAAGAGUCGAUAUGGUGGCUCCUACCUCAUUCACUGGGACACGACCCGUGCCUUUGAAGGGAAGUAUUCCGAGCAGGACUUCGUUGCACAUGAUGGUGACCGUCGUGAAGUUUCCAAAAGCGACAUCUACAAGCUCGGAGAGGAAUGGCGUUGCGAUGACCGGGUAUGGGCUUACUGGACGAAGGACAACAAGUACCUCAAUUCGGGCAGGGUGACGUCUGUUGGUGCUGAGAAAAGCUAUGUCGAGAUUGACGCCGGGGACAAGGGUCUAGUCCCGAAUGACUGGAUCCAUAAAAUGGUGAGGAUUGGCGGCGGGGUUGCGCGAUAUGGCGGCUCUUACCUCAUUCACUGGGAUACGACCCGUGCCUUUGAAGGGAAGUAUUCCGAGCAGGACUUCGUUGCACAUGACGGUGACCGUCGUGAAGUUUCCAAAAGCGACAUCUACAAGCUCGGAGAGGAAUGGCAUUGUGGUGACCGGGUAUGGGCUUACUGGACGAAGGACAACAAGUACCUCAAUUCGGGCAGGGUGACGUCUGUUGGUGCUGAGAAAAGCUACGUCGAGUUUGACGACGGGGACAAGGGCCUACUCCCGAAUGACUGGAUCCAUAAAAUGGUGAGGGUUGGCGGCGGGGUUGCGCGAUAUGGCGGCUCUUACCUCAUUCACUGGGAUACGACCCGUGCCUUUGAAGGGAAGUAUUCCGAGCAGGACUUCGUUGCACAUGAUGGUGACCGUCGUGAAGUUUCCAAAAGCGACAUCUACAAGCUCGGAGAGGAGUGGCAUUGUGGUGACCGGGUAUGGGCUUACUGGACGAAGGACAACAAGUACCUCAAUUCGGGCAGGGUGACGUCUGUUGGUGCUGAGAAAAGCUACGUCGAGUUUGAGGAUGGAGACAAGGGCUUAAUCCCGAAUGGCUGGAUCCACAAGGAAUGGCGGAUUGGCACAGGAAUGGCAGCCUUGAAGAACGAUGCUUGGACAAUGGGAUGCCAAUCGAAGCCGGCUCUUCGCACGGGCUUGAUCGACGAGGCUCCGGGGACGGUGCAGCCAGGCGGUUUAUGCGGACGGGGUGCUGUCCCCGAUCGUGGACUUCUCUCAGGAGCUGCUUCUCAUCAAUGCGACUUGCGCCAUGGACUGAUGGGCGAUUCACCUCGCGUUCCAACAUCGCGCAGCGGCAGCCAAAACGACGAGGGAAACGGGAAAUUCCGAGCCAAUCUUUCCCCGGAUGGGCGGAGUUUCACUGGAACUGCUCAGCUUGACCCAGUUACAUGUGUUUCCUUCCACGCCACCAGGAACCGAGACGAAGGAACUCAGCUGCAAACGGUCACCGUGAUCGAGAGCCAAAGCCGAGACUCGAUUCGAUGCCCUGUACCUCUCAUGCAGGCCCACAUCCCUGGGCUGUCACAGCAGCUUGCACCGGUGCCAGCCACGGAGUGUACAGCUUUUGAGGGCCCCGGGGCUUUAGUCCGCCGGCCGAAUUUCUUGAAUGCUUCUCGCAGACAUUUGUUGCUCUGGAGGGUUUUUUUAAUCCAAGAGAAGCCCGCAGCCUUGCUGGGGAAGGACAUGCUCUCCACCAUGCGACGCGUCGGCGCUGGGCGCCGGCAAGUGGCCUCAGCAUUACGACGCUCCCCGCACUUAAAGAGCCGGUCAGGCCUACGUUUCUGUAGUGGUGAGGGCAAGCCUCCAAAAGGUUUCGAGGGCUUCUACAAAGGCAGAACCAAAGAGGCCGGAAGAGGUGAGACUUCAGGAGGAAAGGCGGAGCCGCCCAAGCAGACCGAAGCCAGCAAGAGCGGGCCAAAGGAGACACCAGAAAAUCCCAAAGCUGAAGAAGUCAGCAAAGAGAGGCAAAGCGGUCCUAAAGAAACUCCAGCAGAAGAAAGCGGGAAGCACAAGGCUCAGGCGGAAGGAAAGGCCGAAGGAAAGGAGGGCCCUGAGAAGGGCAAGGAGACACCAGAAGCCCAGAGGAUGAGACUUAUGGUGCUGGCAGCUGGAGGUGCUUUGGCGUUUGGCUCGUCGUUCUUCCUGGCCGGCGACAGUGACAAUGGCGGGCAGGAGGUUGCUUUGCGUUGGGUACUCACUGACAUGCGACUGCCGACUUUCGGUGAGACUCACCGGCCGGAACUUCUGGACCAUGCUCUGGGCCUUAUCGACAAGCAGGACUACCCACAAGAGAAGAUAGAAGUGCUACUCGUAGACUCCUCGCAGCAGCCCUUGGAUUCAUUUAUUCGUAGAAGAUGGCACGACCGGAAGCUUUACUCCAGGAUUCGAUAUUUUCACUUGCAGGAGCCAGUGACAAUUGGCGAGAAGAGGAAUUUCGCAGUAGAGCAGGCGCGAGGAUCCGUGAUUCUGCAGUGGGACGACGACGACUACUACGGCCCCACACGCUUGCGAGAGCAAGUUGACCCGAUAUGUCGAGGCCGUGUAGCGUGCACGGCCCUGACCUUUGGUAUUUGGUAUUUUCUGGACGAGGACGAGUUCUGGAUCGGGUCUCCGGAAGGCCGAGGUGGCGAUGGUCAUCCCGGCACACUCGCAUUCAGGCGUUCCCUCUGGUCGCCCUGGGAUGCAAAGCGACAAUACCCCUGCACAAACUUUGCCGAUCCGGAUGAGUUCCAGUCAGCUUUGGUAGAUUUCUGUCAGGCCAGCACAGAACUGAUUCCUGCAGCACGGGUAGACUUUGUCUAUGUACGCCACCAGCAUGCAGCCGCGGCUGCAGCAGGCGGCCUGAAGCUGGGACUGGAGGAGUGCUUUCUGGGGGUUUACUACGAGAUCUUGAGCAUCCGUGCCUUCGGGAAACGGAUUGCCCGACCGGAGUUUGUGCCAUGGGGCACGAGCUACGUUUGGUCACGGGUACGUGGACCGGCGCCAGACUGGUCCAAAAUCUUAACCGGGUAUGACGAAGGCGGCGGCGGGAAGCUUGAUCGGUUAGGCCAGUGCACCGCAGCUGCCAUUGAAGUCUUGCAUGGCCACCUACAGAAGUUUGCUGAAGACGAUCUGAAUGGCUGGAUGACGAAGCCUAGCUUCGAUGGCUCGAGGCGGCGUGAAUUGAUGAAGGAGAUCUUCCUGAAAGACAUGAUUCCGGCACUCAUGAUGCGAUUAAUCCAGCUUCCAGGUCAGUUCCCAGCCUCCACUUUACAGCUGGCGGUCGCCAUCUGCAGGAAGUUGAGCGCACACCCUGGGUCUGGUCAUGAGUUCCGGGUCAUGGCUGAGGAUUUAAAGGUGCACUUGGAACUUCACAAAGAGUCGGAGUCCAGCAACGAAGAGACCGUGUAUGCUGGCACGCAAGUCACGAUGCAGGAAAUGCUGCGCGAGUACCUCAUGAAAGGUAAGGUAGAGAAGAUCCAGAUUGUGAACCAGGGUCUCGCGCGAGUAUAUCUACGCAAGGACACUGCUGGGCCGGAGGUUGUGACGAUCAACUUGGGCCGGCCCGAAGCCUUCGAGACGAAGCUGGAGAAUGUGCAAAAUGAGCUUGGUGUUGCACAGCUGGACCACAUUCCAAUCCAGUACGUCUAUGAGACAAACUAUAUUGGCGAGAUUUUGCCAUAUGUUCCUUCUCUUCUGUUCUUGCUUCCGCUUCUAUGGGUAAGCAGGAGUCUCGGAAGCGGCUUGCCCGGCGCUGGUGGGCCGGGUGGGCGCAAUGUCUUUAGCAUGGGGAAGGCGUUUCCAUCACAAAAGAAGGAUGUAAAGUCGAAGAUCAGGUUCACGGAUGUAGCCGGUCUGGAUCAGGCGAAGGCGGAGGUCGUCGAGUUCGUGGACUUCCUCAAGAGUCCGAAGAAAUAUGAAAAACUUGGAGCUCGCGUGCCCAGAGGUGGACUGUUCGUGGGACCUCCUGGAACUGGGAAGACAUUGCUAGCAAAGGCUGUUGCAGGAGAGGCUGACUGCCCUUUCUACUCGAUGAGCGGCUCUGACUUCGUGGAGAUGUAUGUUGGCGUGGGUGCCUCCCGCGUCAGAGAUCUUUUCAAGCAAGCCCGAGAUUCAGCACCCUCGAUCAUUUUCAUUGAUGAGAUCGACGCGAUAGGGCGCAAGCGAGGAAAGGGCGGCUUCACCGGCGGGAAUGACGAACGUGAGAGCACGUUGAAUCAGAUGUUGGUGGAGAUGGAUGGGUUUACAUCCUCCACAGGUGUGGUGGUGCUUGCUGGCACGAACCGCGUGGACAUUCUGGACAAUGCCUUGCUGAGACCGGGACGUUUCGACCGACAGAUUGCGAUUGACAAGCCAGACAUGGCUGAACGCGAAAAGAUUUACAUGGUGCAUCUGAAGCCUGUUAGGCUGGAGGAAGGCCUGAACAUGGAAGAUGUCGCUAAAAGAAUGGCCACAUUGACACCUGGAUUUGCCGGGGCUGACAUUGCCAACGUUUGCAAUGAGGCGGCCAUUUUCGCAGCACGUCGGAAAGCCGAGUCGGUCACCAUGGAUGACUUUGAGCGCGCGACCGAGCGCGUGAUCGGAGGCCUGCCGAAGACGAACAGCCUUAU